AGUUUGGCGUGUUUACGCAACGAUUGUGCGCCGAGUAGCGGGGAAUGACGUCGCAAUUUAUCAGUUAUUGGCUGAAAAGUGGUCUUUCAGCUUUGCACUGAUGUAUAUUCGCCCAGCUGUUUUCUCGAUUCGCACUCUCUCAGUUUCUGAGCGACCACGCGAUGGGACAGAACGGUGAUAAAACGGUCUCUGCUUGAUACUAUAAAUCUGUGAACUCUGAGCAAUAAGAUUUGUUAAAUCGGUGCUUUUCGGCUACCAUGAACGGCGAAAAAAAAAACGACGGUAUACAGCACGUCUAUCAUCAAAUAAGCUAUCAUCCCGAGUAUCUACAUGAAUUUCUGAAGACUCAAAACUUCCUUCUCAGAGGAGAUGGACCACUUCGUUAUGAUCACAGACACUACAUUGCAAUUAUGGCAGCUGCUCGACAUCAGUGCACCUGUUUGAUCAAUCACCACAAACAGAAAUUUACUGCUCAAGGAGGGAAUCCUCAAUGGCUCCAAGGACUGCAAUACAUCCCAGCGAAGCUCAGGAACUUAAGUGAGAUCAAUAAAAUCAUGGCUCACACUCCAUGGCUCCUGCGAAGGUGCCAUAUUGAAAAACUAACGAAAGGGAAAGAAAGUUGGUCCCUUGGAGAACUGUGCCAAGCUUUAGUUCUUUUAGCUCAUUUUCAUUCACUCUGCAGUUUUGUAUUUGCAUCUGAGAUCUUAGAGUCACCCGAGGAGGGAUCUGAAACUGGGCAAUCGAUGCUUGAUGACUACAUCAAUUGUGAAGAGGACGCUGUGUUGACUGUUGAAGAACUUAUGGAAAAGAUGCAUAUAAUCCAAAACAAAGAGAAGGAAUGUUCAUGCGAAGAAGCCAAGAAUGAGUCUGCAAGUGGCGCAGACUCAAAACACAACUGUGAUAUUCAUAGAUUCACCGACGAUCAUUCUUUCCCAAGUAAAGAUUGCCUUAUUGCACAGGAUCGGCCUCAUUUUUUCAUUCAGGACUGCUCUUGGGAUGGCCAUGCUUAUUCUUUGUUGAAUCGCUUUUACAGCGAUGUAGGGACAAUCCUGGAUGUAAAAUUCAAAGUUGCGUAUGAUCUAACUUACUAUACCAUGGGCCAUAAAGAGAACGUCGAUACAACUAUUUUUCGCCGAGCUGUAUGGAAUUAUGUUCAUCGAAUGUACAGCAUAAUUCAUGAUGACUACAACUAUUCUGAAAUGGAAAACUUGCUGGAAAAAGGCUUCAGAUCUUAUGCUGAAACUGUCUGUUUUUGUCCUGAGAAGAUUACUCACGAUGCUCAUGACGAAAUAAUGAGGGCUUUCAGACACUCAGAAAAAGUGCAUGUGAAUUUGAUGUUAUUUGAAGCUCGUCUUCAAGCAGAAUUAUUGUAUGCUUUUGCUGCGUUAAUGCAAUACCUGUCAGAUAAAGCCAACUGAGUAAAUUGAGCUCUUCAAAAAAUGGUGAAAGACUUAAAACGUAUACAAGGAUGUAGUGUGGAACUGGUUAUUAUUUUUUAUUUUUUUAUUUAUUGUUUUUUUUUUCUUUUCUUUUCUUUUUCUUUCUUUCUUUUUUUUUUCGUAUUUUGUUUUUAUUUUAAAAUGACCAGAGGUGAAGCAAAAUGGUGUUACAUCAACGCUUUACAUCAACUUGCAACAACGUUAAUUUUUUUUAUGUCUUUGCAAUAAUGAAAUUUUAUGUUUGUAAUUCUUGAGUUGUGGUGUUUACUUUAUAUUUGCUUGUUAAAUAAAACAUUUAAA